GCGGCGAAUAACGGUCGAUGUUUUGGUCCUGAUGAUUCCUAUGCUUUCUAAGGAUGCGCUCGUAUUCUGAUUCGUUGGGCCACUGACAAGACAUUCCUGUGAUGCCCUCAUUGAUGGACGCCCAGAACCGUUUUAUCGAGAUUCUCGAUGAGUGCGCAGACCAGGGCAAGGAAGUCGACAUCAACACGCUGUGCGAGCGGCUGACUUUCGACGUGGUCUCCAAGACAGCGUUCGGAAUCGACACCAACGUGCAACGCAACCCGCAGUACCCGCUAUUUCAGAUUGCACUGGUGACCGUUCCAAGUUUCAUGGCGGGAUUUUUCUAUAGGCUCGCCCAAAAUCUAUUUCACUGGCCAUGGCUAUUUAAGGCAUUCUCACAAGUGAUCGAUGUGUUCUACGUGAACCCUAUGGUUGCCAUGACAAAGAAGGCAGUCGAUGUCAUCGAAUUCCGACGCCAGAACCCUCAGCUGGUUCUGCCUGACAUGGCGCAAAUUCUUCUGGACGACGCACUUGAAAGGGAAACCGAGGAAUUGAAGAAGAAGAACGAACCCAUCAAAACUCCUAUUUCGCUUCCUAUGGAAACAAUGACCCAUAUAGCGACAGACUGCAUGAAUGUAUUUCUUGGAGGGUACGAUCCGACGAGACUGGCACUAACCUAUUGGUUUUACGUCAUGGGGCGUUACCCCGAUAUUCAGGAGAAAAUGAGAACAGAGGUGUUGGAUGCAUUCAAAAAGGAGGCUAAAGAAGACCAGGUGGUCAAAGUUAUUCCGAAACCGUCUGUGGACUACGCCGCCUCUCACCACUUAUCGCCCUGA